UUCAUCACCUGAACAAUGACAUUUCAAUUUUCCUGUCAACUGUCAUUUUUUCGCAAACAAAAUUUGUAAAUAACAAAAAAAAAUACCGCCUUCAUAAAAACCUCGCCAAAUAAAAAAAGAAGAAAAUGCUAUUCUACUCAUUCUUCAAGUCAUUGGUUGGAAAAGAUGUAGUUGUAGAGCUUAAAAAUGAUCUCAGCAUUUGUGGAACACUGCAUUCCGUUGACCAGUAUCUCAAUAUCAAGCUAACCGACAUAAGUGUCACAGAUCCCGACAAAUAUCCUCACAUGUUGUCAGUGAAGAAUUGCUUCAUUCGAGGCUCUGUCGUUCGCUAUGUCCAAUUGCCUGGCGACGAAGUCGACACUCAAUUGCUUCAGGAUGCAGCUCGCAAAGAGGCUGUAGUUAGUACAAGAUAAAUAAUGACAUAAUUCUAAAGUUAAGAAAAGAUGUGUAAGUCUCCUCGUUUUUUUUUUUUUUAAUUAAAAUUGAAUUU